AAUUGAUGCAUAUGACAAUAAGAUCAAUCAACAAAUACCUGUGCCAAAACUUACAAUAUUUGAUGCUAUUUCUUUUACUGCAGAAGCAUGGAACCUUGUUUCGCCUGGUACAAUUGUUUCAUGCUGGUCUAAAGUUGAUAUCCUUCCUUCUUCAGAAAAUAUUGAAGAUUAUUUGAUUUUACCAUCUGAUGGCGAUACAGAUUCAAUCCAAGAAAUGAUUGAUUUUAGAAGGAAAUUUCCACUGAGAAAUAUAUCACUUCAAUCAAGCAAUGAUGCUACAAUGGAAAUCAAUCAACAAAUACCUGUGCCAAAACUUACAAUAUUUGAUGCUAUUUCUUUUACUGCAGAAGCAUGGAACCUUGUUUCGCCUGGUACAAUUGUUUCAUGCUGGUCUAAAGUUGAUAUCCUUCCUUCUUCAGAAAAUAUUGAAGAUUAUUUGAUUUUACCAUCUGAUGGCGAUACAGAUUCAAUCCAAGAAAUGAUUGAUUACAUAGACUUAAUACUAGUCAGGAAUCAUAUUUACCAACGAAAAAAAAAUUAA